AUACUCCAGAGCACACGUCACACAACUCCACCGUUUCUCCUCUAGCUGCUCUGGCAUCUGGAAACAACACUGAACCUUCUAUUUCCCAGAUCAGUACCACGGUUCCUUCCCCAGCCAGUACAGAGAAGAAUGGAGGCACCUCUGCGACACCCACUCCCUCUGUUGCUCCUGUGUCCCAGGACGAGGCUGAUGGCAAUGAAGAUCCUAGCAUGGAGGAGGAGGAUCUUCUGGCCCUCAACAGUUCCCCAUCCACAGCCAAAGACACUUUGGACAAUGGUGACUAUGGAGAGCCAGACUAUGACUGGACCACCAACCCCAGGGACGAGGAGCCUGAUGAUAAUAUAAACAUAGAGAUAGACAGAGAGAACAGGCGCUUUAGGGGGUUUGAGGACUCCGUGAAGGUGGUGAAGCUCCAGCCCCCAAACAGAGAAGAUAGCCAUUUCUUUUUCCAUCUCCUUAUUUUUGCUUUCUGUACAGCUGUUGUUUAUGUGACGUAUCACAACAAAAGGAAGAUUUUCCUCCUAGUUCAAAGCAGGAAGUGGCGUGAUGGCUUGUGUUCUAAAACAGUGGAGUACCACCGUCUAGACCAGAACGUGAAUGAGGCCAUGCCUUCUCUGAAGAUCACCAAUGAUUAUAUUUUCUAAAGCACUGUGAUUGGAGUUUGCUUCUUCUGUCAUUUUAUUUGCUUGACUUUUAUAUGAUGUCGUGCAGAAUUCUGCCACAGGCAAGUAGUACUUAUCAAGAGGGGGCGCUCUCUUUUGCCUUGGUGCUUCUGAACUAAAUGUCACAAACAAGGGGUAUAUCAUUUUUUAAUCUUUUCUUUAGAGCUAGAUUCAAUCAGGUAUCUGAAAUGUGAGUUAAACGUUACCGUAUAUUUUUGUGUAGUUAUUAUUUUCCAUUUAUUGUGCCUCUGGCAGCAGUGUUCCUUUGAAAGAUCCCAAACCAGAGCUAAAGUUUCAUGGGGCCCAGCACUGCUGGUUUUCAUCACUUGCUACCAUCCAAAUGCUGUUUUUCUUCUUCUUUAUUCUAUUCUAAUUUUUGAGACAGGAUCUCACUAAAUAACCUAAGCUGGCCUCAAAUAGUUGGUCUUCUUGCUUAGGAUUCUCAAGUGCUGGUACCACAGGUGUGGCCACCCCACCCACUUCCAGAUAACAUAUUUUCAAACACAUUUUGUGUGUGUGUGUGGUACCAAACUUUAAUUUACAAGGAUGUUGUGAUAUAAUGCUUUGCUUUAAAGUAACAUGUUUUCCUCUCUUUCAAAACUGCUUUGAAAGAUGGAUGAUAAGGUGGGCUCAGUCAGUGAGGGCGUUUGCCGCCAAGCCUGACAGCCUGAGUUCAGUCCCCAGGACCUGCAUGGCUGAAGGAAAUAUUGAAUUCUUGCAGGUUGUCCUCUGACCUCCACACGUGUGCCAUGGCAUUUGUGCACCUACACACUCAUGCUUACACACACACACAGUAAAUAAAUGUAAUUAUUUAAAAAAAAAAACAAACUCUUUGGGUGUUUUUAGACACUUAAAACAGUGUAAGAUAAUGUGGCUGCUGCUUUACCAAUCACACGUUAAACUUGUUUGGGAAUUCUUGCAAAAUAGGCUGCAAUUCCUAGUGAACACAGUUGAAAUGUUAGGUAGAUAGCAGUUUUUGGUUUGGAUUACUGAAUGAAGGUUAGGUAGAAACUGGUAGAUUAUUUAACUGAUGAACAACAGUUACUUUUAGUCAGCACUUGAUUUUAGCACAAGUUCCAAGGGUUCAGGUGAUGAGCAGUGUUUAAAACUUAGAUCAGAGUGUUUUCAGUUUGUUUCUUGCUUCACAGUAAAUUUGAAGAGACUUCAGAGGCCAUUAUCACUUAAAUGAUACUGUGUCUCCAUCCUGCAAUUAAAGUGAUAAUCUGAAUAAAGUUUACACACAGAUCUGUGUAACAGUGACAUUCAGACUCCCUGCCAUGUUUUUAUUAUGUUGUCCCCUCCUCCCACAGCAACUGGAAUUAUUUACUGUAUUUCACGUUAGUCUGUUUUUUAGAGUUGGUCAGAAUGUAAAUGUGUGAUUUGAACUGUGGUUGACUACCAAGCUUCAUUACUACCCCCCAGAAGGCAUAGCCUUUUCUGUGUGCUCAGUAAAGCCCAGGCGAGCCAGCAGCCACGAUCCUGGUGCAGACAAGGAAGCAGCACUGCUGUCCUUCCCCUUUGGGGACAGUUGAUUGAAGGAUGGGCAGCAUAGUGAAAUAUACCUGGACUGUUUUAUUGCAGUAGUUUUUUUCAUAUCUGAAAUUGUAUUAUUUAAUAUUUUGAAUAAGAUUUUAAGAAAUAAAUGGUAAAGUUAUAA